GCAUGCCUCCCAUUCGGGACUUGGUGAGCCACUCCCCUAACCAGUCAGAUCUGAACCACAGUGGUCUAGGAUCCCAUUAUGAAAAUUCUCACUGGGGACCAGUCUCUUCAAGUAGUGACUCCAGCACAAACUGGGACAAAGUUAUUGUAGACGGCUCUGACAAAGAAGCAUGGCCAUCAAUCACUGGCAGUGACCCAGAGCUGACAUCAGAAUGUAUGGACACUGACUCUGCCUCUAGCUCUGGGUCAGAGAGGAACCUCGUUAUCAUGGCUUCAGGGAGCACAGGAGGUGAAAGCGAUGGCAUUCGGAAUGGCGUUGGACAUGGUUCUCAAAAUAAGUUUGUGGUUGGUAGCAACAGCAAUAAUGUGGGCAGUGGAAGUAUUAAUGGGCCGUGGGGUUUAGCCCAUGGAACCAUAAUAAGCACAUGUCAAGUUUCUGUGGAUGCUCCUGACAGCAAAUCUGAAAGUAGCAACAAUAGAAUGAAUGCUUGGGGCACCAUAAGCUCUUCAUCAAAUGGAGGGUUAAAUCCAAGCACUUUGAAUUCAAAUGGCAACCAUGGUGCCUGGCCGGUGUUGGACAACAACGGACAUGCCCUGAAAGGGUCCGUAGGGAGUGGUAAUCCUGGCACGAGUGUCCCGUGCAGUACCAUAGGUCAGAUGUCUAACAGUCAGAGUAUUAACUCUAAAGUGGGUGGUUCAGCCCAUAUUUCCUGGGGAAGCCUUCAGGAGAAUUGUGAUUCUGAAGGAAAUGGUACAAGGAAGGUUUCAUUCAGUGGGCAACCUCAAAACCUUAACACUGAAAUGAAUGGACCAAAUAACACUACUAACUUUAUGACCUCUAGUUUACCAAACUCCGCUGGUUCAGCGCAGAUUAACGAACUGCCUAAUAAUACAGGGCACGGGGCCUGGCGUGUGAGCACAAUGAAUCAUUCUCAGAUUCAGGCCUCUCCAGUUACCAACGGCACUCCCAUCUCCCACCUUAGCAACGGUGAGGCGAAAAGCGGUGGAUCUUACGGUACUACAUGGGGUGCCUAUGGCUCUGGCUACUCUGGAGACAAAUGUGCAGGCCCGAACAGCCAAGCUAAUGGCGACACUGUGAAUGCAACUCUAAUGCAGCCAGGCGUUAGCGGGCCCGGCGGCGCUAACUUUCAAAUCAACGGGAAUAAAGGAGGAGGGGUGUGGGAGGCAGAGGCAGGCAAUUCCCAGAACAUGCCGUGGGGAAGCGGAAAUGGCGCGAGUGCUGGCGGGAGCAGAAGAGGAUGGGGCAACCCCGCUCAGAACAGCGGCACGAACGUUGCCAACGGAGAAUGGAGUAAACUGCCUAGCAAUCAGCAUUCCAGCGAAAGCGCGAACGGAAACAGCCGCAAGUUCACCAACGGGUGGAAGUCUGCUGAGGAGGAUGACCUCAACAGCCAGGGUUCUGCUGCUUCUCAGAUAGCCGAGCAGAACGGCGCGUGGGCCAAAACAGGUACGGGGGACAGCGAAGGUAGUUUGGAGAGCACUGGAUGCCAUGAGGACAGAGCGGCUGCGGACGGACAGAAUCGAGAGAGAAGGAAAGUUGACCAGCACGCGCUACUCCAAAGCAUAGUGAACAGAACUGACUUAGAUCCACGUGUCCUCUCCAACUCUGGUUGGGGACAGACUCCAAUCAAACAGAACACUGCCUGGGAUACCGAUACAUCCCCGCGGGGUGAAAGGAAAACUGACAAUGGGACAGAGGCCUGGGGAGGCUCUGUGACACAGGCUUCCAGCUCAGGGGGAUGUGUGGAUAGACCUAGCCCUAGUAAUAAUGAUACCUCAUCUGUGUCAGGGUGGGGAGAUCCAAAGUCUGCUACAAGGUGGGGAAACUCCAAAGGGUCAAACAGCCAAGGGGGGUGGGAAGAGGAUUCUGCUGCUACAGUAGUGGUCAAGAGCAAUCAAUCGUGGGGAAGUGGCAAAGAGGAAAAGUCGUCCUGGAGUGACACGCAGAAGAUGAAACAGGGAUGGGCAGACGGACAGAAGGCCAGCCAGGGUUGGGGAGCUUCUGCCGGUGAUAGCUGGGGCGAAAAUUCCAGAAGUAACCAUUGGGGUGAGGCCAAGAAAUCCAGUUCCGGAGGUAGCGACAGUGACAGAUCAGUAUCUGGUUGGAAUGAGCCAGGUAAAUCAAACUCUGUUACUUGGGGAGGGAAUAACACCACCCCAAGUAACGCUUCAGGAUGGGAUGAACCUUCAAAGCCUAGUCAGAACCAGGGCUGGGGAGACCCUCCUAAAUCCAAUCAGCCUCAGGGCUGGGGGGAUUCGUCAAAGCCAAUCAAUUCUCCCGAAUGGAACAAACAAGAUGUUGGCUCUUGGGGAGCACCGUCUGCCACAAACAAACCCCCUGGCUCGGGCUGGCUGGGCGGACCGAUGCCAGCACCAGCGAAGGAGGAAGAGCCCACUGGCUGGGAGGAGCCGUCCCCUGAAUCAAUCCGCCGUAAGAUGGAAAUUGAUGAUGGAACUUCUGCUUGGGGUGACCCAAGCAAAUACAACUACAAAAAUGUGAAUAUGUGGAAUAAAAAUGUCCCAACCAGUAGCAGCAGUUCAGACCAGCAAGCACAGGUACAUCAGCAGCUACUGUCUUCAAGUGCCAUGGCUAGCAAGGAGAGCAGUUCGGGUUCCGGUUGGGGAGAGCCUUCCACUCCAGCCACCACAGUAGAUAACGGAACUUCAGCGUGGGGUAAACCCAUGGAUACUGGUACUAGCUGGGGAGAACCCAUCAGCGAUGCAGCAGGCACCUCUGGCUGGGGAAACGCUUCUCUUGGUCAACAGGCCUCAAAUAAACCCGGGCCUAAAUCUAUGCAAGACAGUUGGUGUGGAGAUGAUAUGCCCUUGACAGGCAGUCGUCAGACCAGCUGGGAGGAAGAGGAGGAUGUGGAGAUUGGAAUGUGGAACAGCAGUUCCUCACAAGAAGCUAACCCCUCUUUAAAUUGGCCCCCGUAUAUGAAAAAAAUGCCCACGAAGGGAAUAAUGAAAGGUGGAAAUAAGCAAGAUGACGCAUGGAUCAAUCCAUUCAUUAAGCAAUUCACAAAUCUCAGUUUUUCAAGAGAAUCGCCAGAAGAAACCAUACAGAGCAAUAAGAUGGACAUGUCUGGAGGGUUACUGCAAGAGAAGCGAAUGGAGAUGGAUAAGCACGGCCUCGGUGUUGGAGAUUACAAUCGUGUGGUUGGAAAAGGCCCUGGUUCUCGUCCUCAGAUUUCCAAAGAGUCUUCCAUGGAUCGCGGUCCUUACUUCGAUAAGAAUGGCAAUCCCAGUAUGUUUGGUGUUGGUAAUAUAGCAGCACAGCCCAGGAGCAUGCAGCAGCCUCCAGCACAACCUCUUAAUUCAUCUCAGCCUAAUCCACGUGCUCAAGUGCCUCCUCCAUUACUCUCCCCUCAGGUUCCAGUAUCAUUACUGAAGUAUGCACCAAACAACGGUGGCCUGAGCCCACUUUUUGGCCCACAACAGGUAGCCAUGUUGAAUCAACUGUCCCAGUUAAACCAGCUUUCUCAGAUCUCCCAGUUACAGCGGUUGUUGGCUCAGCAGCAAAAAGCGCAGAAUCAAAGAAGCAUGCCUUCUGGUGGUCGUCAACAGCAGGAGCAGCAGGGUCGAUCUCUUAGUAUGCAGCAACAGAUGAUGCAACAGUCCCGUCAGCUUGAUCCAAACCUGUUAAUGAAGCAGCAAACUCCUCCCUCUCAACAGCAGUCACUCCAUCAACCCUCCAUGAAGUCCUUCCUUGAGAAUGUCAUACCCCACGCUACUCCUGAGCUGCCAAAAGGGCCGUCGCCAAUAAAUGCGUUCAGCAGCUUCCCUAUAGGCUUCUGUCCAAUUUCUACUUCAGAAAUUCCAGGAAUGAACUCAAACUUGAAUGUAAACAUGGAUAUGAGCAGUAUUAAAGAGCCACAGUCCCGCCUGAGGAAAUGGACUACAGUAGACAGCAUUUCUGUGAACACCUCCUUAGAGCAGAACUCCAGCAAACAUGGUGCUAUUUCAAGUGGUUUUAGACUGGAAGAGUCUCCAUUUGUUCCAUACGACUUUAUGAACAGCAGUAAUUCUCCAGCCAGUCCUCCUGGAUCUAUAGGGGACGGCUGGCCCCGUGCCAAAUCGCCUAACGGCUCUAGCAGUGUUAACUGGCCGCCAGAGUUUCGUCCUGGCGAGCCAUGGAAAGGUUAUCCAAACAUCGACCCAGAAACUGACCCUUACGUCACUCCUGGCAGUGUCAUAAACAAUCUCUCAAUUAAUACUGUGCGGGAAGUUGACCACCUCAGGGACAGGAACAGUGGGUCAUCCUCAUCUUUGAACACCACGCUGCCUUCAACUAGUGCCUGGUCAUCCAUUCGUGCCUCCAACUACAAUGUUUCCCUCAGCAGUACAGCACAAAGCACUUCAGUAGCCAGAAACAGUGAUUCCAAAUCAACGUGGUCUCCUGGAUCAGUCACUAACACCUCUCUGGCUCAUGAGCUGUGGAAGGUCCCUUUGCCACCUAAAAGCAUCACUGCUCCGUCCCGCCCACCCCCAGGGCUAACAGGCCAGAAACCACCGCUGUCCACGUGGGAUAACUCCCUCCGUUUGGGUGGAGGAUGGGGAAAUUCUGAUGCCAGAUAUACCCCUGGUUCAAGCUGGGGUGAGAGCAGCUCAGGGAGAAUAACAAAUUGGCUUGUUCUGAAGAACCUUACACCUCAG